GAAAGUUCAGGAGAAUUUUUUGCAUGGCUGGACCGGCCGGAGAUAAGAAAGGGAUGACAUAAGCAGAAAGGGGAUUGCGAGGACUUGCAUCCUGCUACUAAGGGAGAGCCAUUAUCACCAUCUUAUAUCAAACCACUCCGCAUUCCAUCUGCUAGAGGAUGCCCUGGGCUGUCUUUGCUGACUGGUAGGCCUAGGACGCACUUCUUGAGGACACUGGCUAUGGCUUUAUAGUCCUAAUAGCUCGGCGUCACACUGCUUUUCUCUUUAUAUAUAUUUCCCUUCAUAUAUAUAGCAAACCCCGAUCUCUGCACAUAUCUUGUCUUUCACCUCUCUGCAACAGAGCCAGCCCUGUUUCUGCUUUAUUCUGCACCUGCUCCUUUACCUGAUAAACAACAAUCCCUAUCCCUGACCAUAUUUUAGCUGGAAAAGACGAUCAAGAUGCUUGGAUCAAUCGCCUUGGGCCUAGCCCUCAGCCCUGUGGUCAUGGCCCAUGGAGAUCAUCACAAGAUUCCGGAUGGAAAGGUCAUCUCGGGAGACCCCCUGGUACGUUAUCUUCUGGAGCUGGAAGCUGAAGCGGACGUGUUCGAGGCUACGGUUGCUAAUGAUUUCGUCUGGUUGAUAGGAUACUACGCUAUGGAUUCACAUCCUGCUGAUGACUCUCACGUUUGGCCUCAUCUUUCCAACUGGCAUGGUUUUGGGCGUAAGUGCCGUCAAAACACCCUAUACACGCGUUGUUUUUGACAUUUUUGACAUUUCCUGAUACAUCCAGAUCGUCCGGUCUCGAUACCAUGUUCCCGUUCAAGUCGUUGGUACCGCUGUGGCCAUCCUCGCGUACUUUCUUGGCCACCUUCACAAGGGACGCCAAUUUGCCCCGAAUAUCCAUGCUUCGUUUGCCAACUCUCUUAUGCUCAUGCUCGUUGUGCAAGUCGUUUUGGGCGUGUACCUCAAACUUCACAUUGAGAGAGGAUUUCAUGGCCGAAUUCGCCAGUACGUGGUUGUAACCCACGGAGUUGUCGGGAAGAUUAUGCCACUCGUGAGCUGGAUUCAAAUGGUUUUUGGAGGUAUCACAGCCCUCGGGUUCUGCCGAGCAGACCAUCUCGGCCAGUGCCUUGCUCAUUUUAUCAUGGGAAGCGCUUUCAUCGCUUACGGCAUCAUCCUUACCAUUCUACUCCUCGUUGGACAGUUCUGGCUGCGCAGUACCGGACGAAGCCAAGAAUUCUUUGACUCGGCUGUCAUUACUGCAUGGGGCUUUGUCAAUACCUUUACUGAGCACCGCUGGGGAUCCGAAUGGAGCCAUAGUGAUAUGCAGCACACAACUAUGGGUAUCAUUUGGUGGUGCGCCGGUCUUCUGGGAAUGUGGUUGAGCAGAAAGCGAAACGGACGUCCAAAGCGUAACAUCUUCCCUGCAGUGGUAAUUCUGCUUACUGGAUACGCCAUGUCCUCCCAUGCCCAGCAUUUGAUGCUCAGCACCAUGGUUCACUCUGUAUUCGGAUACACUUUGAUGGCCGCUGGUGCAGCAAGAAUUAUUGAGAUCUCCUUCGUCCUCAAGGACCGCAGCACCCUUAGCCCAGAUGGUUCUGACCCAAACAGCUUCCAGUAUCUCACUCCAUACCUCCUCUUUGCCUCUGGCUUUAUCUUCAUGGGCGCCACAGAAGAACAGAUGCAACUUCUACACGAUGCUGGAGUUGGCCAUGUCUCUUACCUCCUUAUCCUCUACAGCUUGGCCUGCCUCCUAUUCCUCUGUAAGUCUCUACAAUACCCAGCCAAUCAAUGACUACUUUAAACUAACCAUCUGGUACCAACAGUUGUAAAUGUUCUUCUCCACAUUUAUGCAGUUCAUGCUUGGCCAGAGUCCGCAGUGUACACCCGGCACCGCCCCAGCCAUAUGCCUGGCCGAUUCCACCAUCAUGCCAGAGCCCCGACAGCCCCAUUUGGCCUUGAUGGAGCGUCCCCAAAUGCAGACAUUCACGGUGGAAUGAACGGUGGCGCGACUGCUGCCGCCCAGGAACGAAAUAUCCGUGAUGCCCAAGAAUUCGAACUCGAAGGCCUUAUCGGCGCGGCUGAUAAAGACCGUGACGAGGAAGAAGCUCCAACCAACGGAGCCGUUAAGCUCUAAGCUAUUUCUCACAUUUCCUUCUACCAGAGCUUCACUUUCCGCCCACGCUCAUGAGACCAAACUGAGGUCUGUCCCUCUCUUGGUUUUUUCGGAAACAGCUCCGUUUCCAAUUUCCCGCAAUAAACUACAACCUUCCCAACUACCAUGAGCAGAUUCAGGGCGUGCAGAUUCUUCUACAUUCCUAACUUUCUUGUAUUUAUUUGUCCAUCUCACCUUUCCCCCAGUCUUUUUCGUCUGUCGUUUUACUAGGUCAUCAAGUAAAGGAUAAGGGUUUGGGAGUUUAGUUAGGAAAUCAAAUAAUGGGAAGGUAUUUCUGAUUUGACUGCAGUAGUUCCAGCUUACUCGCUAUCGUUGAAGUUAGUCCUUGUUUGGAUGGAUAUAAAUUUGUCCUAUGACACUAGGAAGUCGUAAGAUUUAUUAUCUUGCAUUUCCACCAAAUAAGGGUGAAAUUGAAGCGUGAAUAUGAAUGGGAGAUAUAAGGAAAAUAGAUAGAUAGAAAGUCCCUUAAGCCGCCUGUAAAUAAACCAUUGCCCCGCC